AUGUUUCGUCCUUUGUUUUGCUUUCUGACUUUGUUGGUGAGUGUUGCCUUUGUAUGCGUGGCAGCGGCUAAUGGUCCUCCCCCUCCACCUCCACCUCCACCUCUACCCGGUGGUGGUACUUGUACCUCAGGUACUACUGAUUCAAAGUGUAAUACUGGCGGUAGUAUAUCUGAAGUUCUUCUUCCUGAUUGUGUGAAUGCUCCUGGGACGGAUGGUUGCCCUCCCACUAAUCGUGAAAAUGAAAAUAGAUGCAGUGAAGAUUCUGAUCCUCCUUGUCCAGAACCACGAAAGGAACCUGGGUCACCUGCAUUGGAAGAACGUAGUACAAAGGGUCUUGUACACGGUUCUCAAAGUCCUUCUGAUGAAAUUGCUGCUGAACGUUCUGCUUCUUUCAGUAAAAAAAAUCAACCUGGUGCUGGUCCUCCAUCUGAAGUUGCGGGUAGUGAUCGAAGUAAUCAACCUUUGCCUACCGCUCAAAACCCUGGACUAACUACACCAGAACAGACUCGUCAUCUUUCAGUUGCUUCAAGUCCACAAAGUACUCUCAGUGAUGCUGUUGCUGGUUCUGCUAGUGGUGUUCAAGGUGGUACUUCAUCUUCUAAACCUUUUACAUCUACUACAGCUGCAGAGGGGAGUGGUGAAGUUCCAUCUCCAGGUGAGUCUCAGAAUAGAGACAGUUUAUCACGUGAAAGUGGAUCACCAGCUACAACUUCUCCAAACGGCUCAGACACGCUGAGUGACGGUGGUAAUAGCACUGCAACGACUGUGAAUGGAAGUACACCUACAUAA